AUGGCACUGGCCCUCAUCCUGGGUUGGUGUCUGGUGGCAGCAAGCAGGGCACAGCACCUGCCCCAACCCUCCCUGUCACUGCACCCCAGCCAGGGGGUGUCCCUGGGGGACACUGUCACCCUGCGCUGCCACCUGCCCAAGACGGCUGCCUGGGUCCAGCUCUGGUUUAAUGGAACUUUGAGAUCUGACAAGGAAAAAGAUGAGGAGCACGAUUCAGUUGAGUUCUCCUUGGUUGUCACAAACCUGGAAGAUGCGGGGACAUAUCAGUGUCGCUACCAGGUGUCAGAGCCACUGUGGACAUCAGACGAGAGUGACCCCGUGGAGCUGGUGGUGACAGGUGAGGGC